AUAUAAUGAACUUCAUAUCCAGUCUAAUGCAUUGGAGGAAACCGUAGAAUCUAAUUAACAACUUCAGCUUGUUAAUUUGCUUUCAAAGGAAAAUGGAAGUUCAAAUCAUUUCAAAACAUAUUGUCAAACCCUCUUCUUCAACACCACAACACCUAAGAACCUACGUCCUCUCUCUCCUUGACCAAUUAGCUCCCCCAGUUUACAUUCCCAUGAUUCUCUUCUAUUCAGAGACUGGCGAUGGAAAUUCCUGCCAAAAAUCUCAUCGCCUGAAAACAUCCUUGUCAAAGACAUUAACCCACUUCUAUCCUUUCGCCGGACGACUUAAGGAUGGUUUUUCUGUUGACUGCAAUGAUGAAGGUGCCUCAUUUGUUGAAGCAAAUGUAGCUGGAGAAAUGUCCAUGAUACUUGAAGAACCAGACAUGCAUAAGUUGGAAAAGCUACUACCUUGUAAGCCACAUGAUGUAUCACCUGAGAUAAGCUCUCAGGUGAUCUUAGCAGCCCAAGUUAAUCAUUUUGCUUGUGGUGGAAUGGCAGUGAGUGUUUGUAUUUGGCAUGCAAUUGGGGAUGCAUCAGCAGUGGCGUCCUUUCUUACUAGUUGGGCUGCAAUUGCCAGGGGCUCCAGUGAUGAUAUUGAAGGUGUAAUCUCUGAUUGCACCUCGCUUUUCCCUCCACAAGACGUAUCAAGUUUCUCGUUACGUAAUUUCUUCAACGAGGACUUGUUAAGUAAAAUUACGAUGAAAAGGUUCCUGUUUAACAGCUCUAAGUUAGCUACACUGAGAGAAGAAAUAGGCAACAGCUCAUGUUUGGAUCCUCCAACACGAUUUGAGGCUGUGGCAGCUCUCAUUUGGAAAGCUGUGAUGGCUGAAACUGAAGAAGAAAAUGGAGACGAAACUAAAACUAACGAGAUUAAUGUUGCAACUAUUGCAGUGGGUCUGCGGAAAAGAAUGAUUCCACAGUUGCCAAAGCUAUCAAUUGGAAACAUCUAUCAAGUGGCAAUGGCUAAUUGUUCCACGAAUGACGAUAAACUGGUAGACUAUAAUGGUUUAGCAACAAAGCUUCAUGAGUCAAUAGGGAAGAUGAACAAUGACUAUGUAAGAAUGAUCCACGCUGGUGGUAGAUACUUCCAGUUUCUGAAGAAAAAGGGCGAGGAGCUUGGAAAAAAUCCUAACCUGAUGAAGGUAUUUGGUUUCAGUAGUUGGUGCAGAUUUCCAUUCUACGAAGCUGAUUUUGGGUGGGGAAAGCCCAGUUGGGUAACCACUGCCUUGAAACUUCACAAGGUUGCCAUCUUCAUAGACAGCAAAGAUGGUGAAGGAAUAGAAGCAUGGGUGUGCUUGCCAAAGGAAGAUAUGGUGAAGUUUGAACAAAAUCCUGGCAUGUGUGCCUAUUCAUCUUUCAAGCCAAGCACUUAAAAUGAAUAGUAUGGUAAACUAUCUUAUAUAUUUUGCUUUGACAAUUUGAAUAAUGGUAUUUUCAACUUAGUUGUGUAAAAUAAGGGCGUCCUGAGUGCUCAGAUGCUUGGCCUUUGUAUUGGGUAAUUAGCAUGCUUGGCAAGAGUUGAUUAUGUGGAUCUGCUUUUUUUUUUUUUUUUUGAAAUCAUUGUAUUGUUAAUUAUGAUCUUUUAAUAAAGUUGAAAAAUUUUCUCUA